AAACCAGCGCAUAGGGGGGGGUCUCCUAAGAAAUCAGUAAACACUUAUAACUAUAUAAUCAAGGUGGAAAUGCGUCUCUCAUUGUGUUUACAGUACCUUUCCAAUUACAGGUACAGACGCAUAAUGGUUGGACUGAAACCAUGUUUGUUGUACUCCCAGCGGCAACUAUCGUCUUCAUCAACUGUAUCUCCACCCGCUUGGAUUUCUCAAUUACGCGAAGAUUCUAAAUCCAAAGAGAAAACGAUUUCUUAUGAUAUUAAAAUUUACGACGAGUUGUCGUGGUAUCGCAAGCCAUUUAUAUUUGAUAAAGAUCUAUAUGAUCCAAUGAAUAUGAGCAGUAUUCUCCGCAAGCGUCUCUGUCUAGGUGAUGAAAACAUGGAGUAUACGGUAAUUGGCGAGGCCUUUCCUUUUCCUGAUCGAGAGGAUUCCCCCGUUAUUAAUGAGCCGAAUAGGUUAUGCCGUUUGUUAUGGGAUCAUAAUAGCCCCACCGAGAAGAUUCUAAUUCAGCUAUCUGAACACUUCCCACCACUGCUCUGGCAUACCGUAAGACCAUCUUACGGCGCCAUCCAAAAGCUAUUCAGCGAAUUCCUUGACGUCGACACGGAGCACAUGAAAAAAUAUCUGCCGUACUAUGAGGAGUUGCAAAACGGAAUUGAAAAGCAGACUAAAGAAUCACUCAUAGGAACUCUUAGUCCUUCAUAUAUUAAAAAUAAGUUCAUCGAGGACAUGCGAAACCGCCAUCCACGUUCUGUGGAAAUGGAUUACCCGUUGGAGCACAACCUCUUCUUAGGCACCUCAGGGCACUUUCGCUUGAUGGAAAACCGUAUGAUGAAAUCAAAUCCAUUUGUUUUCGGCUGGCCUCUUCUUCUCAGUGAUGGUAAUGAGCACCUAGAGGACACCCCGGUGCGUAUGUGCGUCUUCCGAACUAUAUUCUCUAAAACUCUCUUGAUGUUUCACACAAGAUUGGAUCUUCAGGUGGAUCACCGCCAAGUUCACCUACCAGGUGAUGACAAGGAGGAUAUUUUGCUCGAGAUGCCUAUUUUUUGCACCGUCAAUUACCCAGCAAACACGAGAAUGUGCGGCGGACGACCAUUGGUGCAGCGCUUUAAUCAGGUCAUGAACACUUCUUAUCCUUUAGACACCCCUGUUGAUGUUCUUGCGGCUUUUUCCCUCGAAAGCAUUCUCAAAGGAACACAAGAAUUGAUGGAAGAGCUGAAAUUUUUGACGGCGGCCUCAGAGAGAGCUCCAGAGGUUGAACGUGUUUUGCAUGUUUCAGAGAAUGAGCUCAGUUCUAACCGUAUUAUCGGUCAGCUAGCCUACACAAUCAUUUACUUAGCAUUAUUGAACUACUCACGUUUUGUGGAGGAUGUGUUUGAGGUCUAUUGGAGGCACCCUAGUGAUUUGGUUCGAAUAGCUUGCGCAAAAGGUGUUCAAAUCUUUGAACGUCAAGAUUUAUUAGAAAGGUUAAUUCGUGAAGAGCCUGAAGGACGACCAAAGCAGAUGCUUAUGACAACUAUGUGUUCAGUGGAGAAUGCGGCCUCGAUUAAAAAAUAAGCAGGUGUAUUUGUUAUCGCUUCACUUCUUUAUUUAACUUAAUAACGAUGACUUGCAUUAUAGAUUCUAUUAAGGUUCUGUGAAAAUUUAUAUUCGCAGUUCAUUCGCGAAUGAUAACAUAUGUUCACAUAA